GGAGCUAUAUUAUUGCCGCAACUUUUAGCCAUCUCACAGAUAGAAGAAAAAUAAUCAUGAAGCCAGCGGUGGAUGAAAUGUUUCCCGAGGGAGCGGGACCUUAUGUGGAUUUGGACGAGGCAGGGGGAAGCAGUGGUCUUCUAAUGGACUUGGCUGCGAAUGAAAAGGCAGUACAUUCGGACUUUUUCAAUGAUUUUGAAGAUCUCUUUGAUGAUGACGACAUCCAGUGAUUGUUGGAUGGCUGUUUGGCUGGGAUGAAACCAUUUGGAGUGAUGGGUUGUUCAGCCCUUGUCUUCCGCUGUGUUGAUGAUGUAUUAUUUACGAUUCAGUUUAGUAUUGUGUUCCAAUAAAUCUUUCUCUAAGAAACGUU